AUGGUUUUUGAAAGUGUUGUAGCAGAUUUAUUAAAUCGAUUUUUGGGUGAUUUUGUUGAUAAUUUGGAUGCUUCACAGUUGAAUAUUGGAAUAUGGGGCGGUAAGUUAAUUUUUUUAACCUAAAAUCAUUCGGAACCAGCAUUUUAUUAGGUUUAGAUAAUUCUGUGCCCCUUAACCAUGAAAAUUUGCUUUGAAAAAGAGCAUGGAAUUAUAUCAACAACCUAAUAUUUAAUUUAAAAAAUCCUAUUUCAGGAGAUGUGAAGCUGACCAAUUUGGACAUCAAAGAGACGGCCAUGGAUCAGCUGGAUCUGCCAGUAAAACUCAAAUUUGGAUGUCUAGAUAAUCUUGUACUUAAAAUCCCAUGGAAGAAUUUGUACACAGAGCCAGUGAUUGCCAAUAUCGAAGGUUUAUAUCUGAUUGUAGUACCAAACAAAGGUGUUGUAUACGAUGAUGCCAAGGCGAAGAAGAACGAUCACGAAACGAAACAGAAAGAACUGCUGAGGUUGGAGGAGAACAGAAAGAACAGAAGAAGUAGGAUUUUUAAUGUUACCUUAUAUUGAUAGUUAGUUUAUGACGUGUUCCAAUUGAUUUUUAAAUCUUAAGAUACCUUAAAUUUUUAGGUAAUGAAUGUUGAAGUUUUGGAAAUAAUUUAAUUUUUUAGAACCAAAAGACCCUCAGGCUGAUACUUUUACCGAAAAGUUGGUUGCACAAGUGAUCAAGAAUCUUCAAGUUCAUAUCAAGAACAUUCACGUUAGGUACGAAGACAAGUACACAGACAGAAGACGACCAUUUGCAGCCGGUAUUACUUUAGGAUCGUUGGAUUUUAAGGUAACUUAUUUGUGAUUUAUGACGUAUUCAUUAUUAGAAAGCUUUAAAAAUGGCAUAACUUUUUUUGUAUUUAGAAAGUUAAUUUUUUUUUAAAUUUUGAUUUAUAGACAACCGACAAAGACUUCAAAGCCACGAUCCACAAGGAGACGCUUCAAAUCUUCUACAAGUUGGUCAACCUUCAAGACCUCUCCAUCUACUGGAACUCUCACAGCGAACUCAUUUCUGAUUUGAGUGAGAGAAAAGCGAUCAGAAAGGCACUUUUGGAAACAAUUGGUACAGCUGAGAAGCGACUUCAAGACUACAAGUACAUUCUGGAGCCAAUCAGAAUGGACGCCAGACUGAAACUGAAUCAGAAACCAGAGAGCGACAACAGCAACUGGACCAUACCAAAAGUGGAUUUAGGUGUGGAGAUGGAGCGAUUGGCGUUGUGUAUUGGUCGAUAUCAGUAUCAGGACAUUUUGUUGUUCAUGGAAGCUCAAGAACGAUUCAAUUUGGCUUCUACCUACCUAAAAUAUCGACCUCAUUUGAAUGAGUAUAAGGGACACUACAAGGAAUGGUAAGAUUAUUUCAUGUUAUAUAGCAUCGCGUUACAAAUUAUAUACUUGAUUUUUGAAGGAAAGGGCUUAUAACGUGAAAUUGAAUAUUUCAGGUGGCGGUUUGCUUAUACCUGUAUUCUGGAAGAGAAUAUCAGAAGAAAGAAGAACAAUUGGUCGUGGCAUCGCAUGAAGAAGCACCGAAACCUGGUCAAAGAGUACAAAAAGUCAUGGGUCAGAAAACAAACCGAGAAGAAUCUACCUUCCGAGAUCACCAAUAUCAUCGAGAAUGCGGAAAAGAAGUUGGACGUGUUCAACCUGAACAUUGCUCGACAACAAGCGGAGAUGGAGAUUGAUCGAAAGAAUCUGACUAGGUUGGAAGACCAGCCACAAGGAUGGACCGGCUGGGCCAAGAGCUGGUGGUCAGGCGGAUCAACUGCUCUACCACCUGGAAAGACUCAAGAUGCUAAUGACAUUGCCGAGAAGUUCCAACAAGCAAUGACUCCAGAAGAAAAGGCCAAAUUGUUUGAUGCAAUUGAUUAUCAGGUAAAAUUAAUAUUAAACUAUGGGGUUAACUUACUUUGUAAUAUUUGCUACACUGUUGCUCAUAAAAAUCAAUUUUUGAGAUUUUUACUUUAGUUUGAACGAUGUUUUUGCACUUUUUUUGAAUGUCUGAUAGUUUAUAAGCUGUUGUUUUAGGAGAACACUCCACCAACGGAUUACCCAAAGAAGUACGUUGAGAACAGAGUCAAGGCCACUUUGAAAACAGUUGCAAUCAUCGUGGAAGAUGCUUUGGAACUUGAAAUGGGCGAAAUUGGUGCUCAAUUUGAACAAAGACCUUCAGCUAGAGCUAUUUGGUAAGCACAGUGCUGUUUCUUAAAAUUGUUAUGUAGUACGACAACACUUAUAAAAUGGUGUACCUAAGUAUAUUAUAAUUGAUGAAAAUAUUAAGCAAUGAAUAAUUUUAGUCUUAAAUCUUCGAUCAAAACCUUGUCGAUGAGUGGCUGCGGAACACCGAUGUUGGCCUUGUUGGACGAGAACUCGGACUGGUUGAAGUUGGGUGUGGAGACAAACCCAUUAAGCGGAGAGUUUGAUCAAUAUGUUGGAUUGUUCAUUAGUCCAACUAUCUUGAGAUACCAUGCUCCGGCCAUCAAUGCAGCUGCCGAGGUGUUCAAGCCUCCAGAAUCUGUCAGGUUGAAUCAGUAAGUUGUCGUUUUAUUUUUAAAUUUUAAUUUAAAAAUAAUUAAGAAUUUACAGAAAGAUGGUUUUUACAUAAUUUUGAUUUUUUAGGCUCACCGCUGCUGCUUUGGCAAGAUACGAAGAUGUGAAAGCUCGCUCAGUAUCAGGGCUACAGCACGCUGUCGAUCAGAAGUCGAAGCUGAAGCUCGACAUCAAGAUUGAGCCGACUACUAUUGUCGUCAGUGAAGGUGGAGUCUUCGGUGGUCAGAAGCCAAAUCUGGUGACAGAACUCGGAGUGUUAACUAUUCAGACUACUGAUCAUGUAGCUCAGGAUUCAUACAAAGAUGUCAAAGAUCAGCGUCUGCGAGAACUCAUGAUCAAAGCCUAUGAUAAGUUCGAUAUCAAGUUAUCUAACAUGCAAUUGUUGUUCGGACAUUCGUUUGAUGAAUGUAUGUCUGCGAGACAAGAUCCCGUAUCCCCGUGCCACAUUCUGAAGCCCACAGGGCUUGAUCUAGAUUUGCAUAAGAGUUCCAUUGACGAUUUAAACAUUCCAAAGUGAGUCGUUUACAUAACUAGCAAAUUGGGGUGACAUAAAUUUUCUAACUUCAUAUCUUAUUCAUCAUCAAUGUUUUAGGUUACGAUUGUACGGUACACUGCCUGACGUAGUUGUAAAGAUGUCAGAUGAACGUCUGAUCGAGUUGGCCAAGUUAGGCCUGUCAAUUCCGUUACCCAAAGCAGAAGUAGAACCAGAAGUUGAUCUAGCCGCCAAAGUAGAACCUCUAGAAACCGGAAAUUUGAAGAACAGAGCCAAAAUGAGAGCAAUCAUGGAAGUGAACGAGCUAGAUGAAGAAGCGAUGAAGAGAGCCGACAGAGAAGAAGCCUUGUUAAGCUCAAGAGACUAUGUUGACAAUACUCAGAAGGAGUCGUCUGUUCAGAGAGAACAAAUGGUUCAGAUCGACGUCAACUUGAAGCUGAACCAAAUUGGAGUGGAGAUCUACAGAGGAACAAACGUACUGAUGUCAGCUAACAUCCGCCAACUCGGCUUCGGAUUCCAAAUGAGAACCAACGACAUGAAGGUACAGACUCACCUUGGAAGUUUGACGGUAGAAAUGCCUUCUUUCAAGUCUUUGUUGCCGAACAGAGACACUCUUUUCUUGAUUGACAACUUCCACGCUGAAGGCGACCAUCUGAUGAGAAUGACAUUCAUCCAAGCGAACAAGGAGUCGCCAUUCUUCAAGACCGAGUACCGAAGCACCGAACAACUUAUCAACUUUAACUUUGAGACUUUGAAUGUCACGGCACAUCAAGAAGCCUUGAUGGCACUCAAAAGUUACGGAGAAAAACUUCAGAAGGAGUUGGAAGGUGUUCAGAAGAAGUACGAUCAGAUAGAGCAACACAAAGAUGGCAGGAAGAUUUCGAGGAAACAGAGCAUGGGAAGAGCUAGGUAAGCGUGCUUUAGAUAAAGUAAUUUGAUGUAGUCUUUAUACCUAUACCACAAAAAUUUUAAUUUUACUUGAAUUUUUUGAAAAGAUAGCGCAUAUCGAGUUUUUCAACCUAAUAAAAUUUUAAAAAAAUCUUUGGCUUGUCUCAUGAUGGUUAACUUUUAGCUUACUGAGCUUUGCUUCAUCAUCAAACUUUACAAACGAUCCCAACAAGAAGAAGGCAGCCGCCAAGAAGAAGAAGCUUCAGAGAAAGGCAUCAGAAGUCGAUGAAAAUGUCACCAAAAUGGAACUCAAUGCCAAUAUCAUAUCAUUGAAGUUACUCAUCGGCUCAAAUGCUGGCCCCGACAGUUCCCUUGACAUUACUGGAGCUAAGGCCGCUGUUUUGAUGAAAGCCAAAGAAACGGCCGUUAAAGCAUCUCUGAGAGAUAUUAAGAUGUUGGAUGAAACUCCAAAUGCCGCUCACAAGCAACUUAUGGUCGUCCAACUACCCAAGAAUGAACAACAACACGAUAUGUUCAUGUUGGACUUUGUCCAACUGAUCAGAACAGACGAGGAACGAAAGAAAAUGUCGACCAGCGACCACGACAUGACAGUACGAAUGAGGUUUGCUCAGAUGAGAUUCGUCUUCCUGAAUAUCUGGCUAAACCGAAUGCUCAACUGGAUCUCGCCGUUCCAAGAGGAAGCAGCAGCGGCCGCCGCUUCAGCUCAACAAGCAGCUCAAGCCAAAGCAACAGAAGCCGCUCAGAAUGUAAAAGAAAUGUUGGAGAACAACCCCCAACGAAUCAGAUUGGAUGUUGAGUUAAACGCACCUGCUAUCGUUGUUCCAAGACUGUCGACUUCAGAUCAGGCAUUGUGGUUGGAUCUGGGUAAAUUGGUGGUCAAGAACAGCUUUAGUGUUCAACAUGGUGCUGUUGUUGAUACUAUGGUCGUUCAAAUUAAGGUAGGGCAUGGGUUCUGAAAGAAUAGUUUGAUGUUUAUAAAAUUUCUAAAAUAUUUUAGUUGUUCAAGCCCCUAAUAUGAACUAAAAAUUAAAACACGUUUCAGGAUGUUCACAUUGCGGCUGCCAGACUUGCACGCGACCACUUGGACGUGGCUGCCAAGUGUAACAUGCUCAAACCUCUUACCUUCACCUUGACCAUCCACAGGAACCUUUCCUUCGCUUCCCUAAAACAACUUCCUGAGAUCGCUUUAGAUGCUCAUCUUUCUCUCAUCGACCUUUCAAUGGCACAACAAGAUUAUGCUUUGGUAAUGCACACUUUGGCUGGCAACCUUGCUGAAGGAUCUCCACCACCACCGAAGAAGCCAGUUCAAGUAGGACACGUGGAAGAAGCUGAAGAUGAAAUGGUGGAGAAACCGGGGGGUGGUGUGGUUGGUGCUGAUAAGGACAAGAAGACGGAAGGAGAGAAGAAAGAAGAAAAGAAGGACAAAACAGAUUACAAGAGGAUCGUGUUCCAGUUUCAGAUGGAUGAAAUUGACGCUAGAUUGUAUACUGGCGACUCAGGAUUGGAGGUAAGGAUAUUGUUGGUCUAUUUGUAAAAAAUAAUGGUAUUUGUUAUGCUCGGACCAUGAAAAAUCAUAAUGACCUCAAAUAUCAAUUUCAGACCGGGGAAGGCACCCUCAGCCGAAAUGAUGACAAAAAGUUUGGCCAAUUGAUCAUUGCCCAAGUCAAAGUGUCAGGAUGGAUGACAGAACAAGGAGCUAUCGACACGAGUUUAUCGGUUCUCAGCUUCACGAUGGACGACAGAAGACCAGCCGAUCAGACCAAGAUCAGCCGUCUCAUGGACAAAAAGAACUCGAAUACUUCAAACUCUUUGUUAGUAUCCAUGAAGUAUGAACAGAAUGCCAAAGGCGACAAGCAAAUCGAUGUUACUUCGUCGUCUUUCUUCUUGUACCUAUGUCCAGAAUUUUUGGGAGCUUUGUCCAGCUUCUUUGUAGUCCCAAAACCACCAGAAGAAGAGGACCAAGACGCCAUGUUUGUAAAACGACCACAACAAGCUCUAAAUGCAGGUAACACUUCGGCCAAUAAGACUCAGGUGAUUGUGGACCAAGAGAAGGGAAAGCCACAGCCAACGAUCACAUUGAAGGCCAGGAUUCAGGACAUUGAAGUGAUUCUGAUCGAGAACUCGAUGGACCCAGAGAAUUCACAGGCUUUGAUCUUGUCGUUCUCUUGCAAGUCUGACAUCACUAAUGUAAGCUGAACAAUAGUAUAGCUAACCAAGAAAUUUGAAAUGAAAAAUAACUGUUUUAGCGAAUAAAACUUAAAAUUUUUUUCAGCUGGACAAUGUUCAACAAGUUGACGCAAGAAUCCAGAACCUCGGGAUCGUCUCAACCUACUUUUCGGAAAAGAAACGCCAUCUGGCCCAUCGUUAUGUCCUCAGAAGGCUGGACGUUGUCUUAAGUGGUUCCAUUAACAACGAAACGAAAGCUCAAGACUUUGCCAUUUGUAUCGAUACCAUCCAUCUAAAGGUAUCCCCAGCUGUCAUUCUACUCCUCAGUGCCGUAGCUUCAUCGUUCUCGGCCAACAAACAAGUGGUCGAUACACAAGCUUCAACCAAAUCCAUCUUGAGAAGCUACCCAGACUACUGGGAACCGAAGAAGCUGAAGCACGCUGACUACUGGUGGUUCACAGAAGUGGCACAAGAAGCUUCCGAUGACUACAGACCUGAGUUGGAGAUUGUUGAGAGCUCGCCAUUCUUGGAAACGGUAAGUUAGUGAAGCAACCGAUAUUUGCAGUAUUUUAAACAGAUUAAUCAUAAUAUUAUUGUAGGCAUCUUUUAACAUCGAAAAAUUCAUCAUCACAGUAGAAGCGGACGUCGACGACGGCACCAUCCCCCUGAUCCUCAUCGAAUCCGGCCUCGAAGGCUCGGUCUCCGACUGGUCGGGUCGUAUGCAACUUGACAGCGCCUUCAAGCUACAGAUGAGCUACUUCAACGAGACCUUUUCCGUUUGGGAGCCAGUCAUCGAACCCAUCCAACGCGCAUCUGGGGACUGGGAUCCAUGGCAAUUGACCGCCAAAGUGAGAACUCAUUCGGAAGAAGAAGCCGGCGACGGUAAACUGCCUCCACCGAAGAUGACGGUAGAAGUAGCAGCUUCGGAAAUGAUGAAUCUGACCAUGACGAAGAGCUUCAUUCAACUGACGACCCAAUUAGGAGAAGUUUUCGAAAAAGCCGCCAAGCAAAUUGCUCCGCCUAAAAAGAAGGAAUUGCCAGGUAAUUGAUGGGAGGGUACGGUAGUUUUCGUGGUGGGACUUAGACUACGACUAAAUGUCUGACAAGUUUUUGUAUUUGUCAAGUUGAAAAUUGUAAUUUUUUACAGGAAACAGUCCAUAUCUAAUCAAAAAUGAAACGGGUAUCCACGUCCAGAUCCUCAACUCGGACACGAUGAAAGUCAACGAUACGGGUGAAGCCAUCGACGCUUCUCACGGUUAUUACGUGGAAUUGAAUCCGAUUGGAUGGGAACAAAAAGUUGGGCUACAGCCAGAAGAAGACAAACGACGCACGGACUUGUUGCUCAAGUUGUUGGACACUCAGCGACCCGUCGAUGUUCACAGAGCUGUCAAAAGAUGCGUCAGAUUGCCAAAACACGCGGAUUCUGGCAAACAAUGGUCGUUGGUGGUGGAUACGGCGAUUGAGAGUGGCAGAAGGGUGGUUACACUCAAGUCGUUGGUUAAUGUAAGUUAGUUUUGAAAGUUAUGAUGCUUUUUAAAGUAAAAAUUUGCGUAAAAUACGUUGGGUGAAUCGUAUAAUAAAUUAAUUUAAAUUGUUUUAGUUUGUCAAUCACAUGGAUGUGCCAAUGGAAGUCUAUUCGAUGCGCGACGACACCAACAUUGACAGUUGUGGCACUUUAGAAGCCAAUUCAGAAACUGCCUUACAUGUACCAUUGGAACAACUAUACACAGCGACAGGCCAAUUCUUCUUCAGACCAGCCAACGAUUUAUACGAAACAUCGGCCGAAAGCAUCUCCUGGAAUGACUUUGAUCAAACAGAACGAUUCAUUGUCAGAUGCGACAACAGCGAGAAUCCUCGAACUGGAUUGUUUGUAGAUGCGGUAGUAGAGACGGAAGACAUUCACGGUGAAAGUGGAAAAGACUUUGUGGACAAGGUGUUCACGGUGCAUCUGUAUCCACCACUGUUCUUCAGAAACUUGUUACCUAUGGAAGUUCAUCUGACAUCGCCGAUUGAGAAGUCGCUGAAGGGAGGAGAAGAUGUUCCUCUCAACUUGAUCGCCGAACAAGAACUGUCCUUCUGGGUAUGUAUUUAUAGAAUUGAAGUAACAUGUAUAUAGGAUUGUUAUCAUAAUGCUUGAAUAUAAAAAAUGGGUUUGUAACUUACAGUUGAACUAUAUUGUUUUAGGUUGACAACGACGGUGAAUACGACGUAACCAUGCGGUUGAAACGUGACCAAGAAGAACUUGAAGUUGUAUCUAUGAAACGCAGAGACAAACCUGAAUAUGAAUUGGUAAAGUUAAUUUUUUUGUCUAUUACAGCAUGAAAAGGAUCUUUUGUUAGCAGUUUGUUGUCUAGUACAAUAUAAGAGGACCUUAUGAUAGCUAGUGUAAUAUAAAGUCGAAUAUUAUUGUGAUUAAUUAUUGAUACGUGGUUAAUGGUUUUAUUUUCAGAAUCUUGGUCUCCACUGGACGACGCAACAUAAACGCAGAGAAUGCGAGAUCUACUCACCGUACUGGAUUGUGAACAGUACUGGCAAGACAUUGGCUUACUUGGUAGGUUUAGGCUUGGCAAAGGUAACACGUUUUGGCGUUUCUUUAUUGGUUCGUUUUGUGUUUGCACUCUUAACCAAUUACAUGUCAAUUGGAAUGUCAGUUAGUCUUGAUAUACAGUAAAAUGACAUUAUGUUAUAAGCUGGUGUGAACGGUGUUUUAUGAGUACUGCGUGUUAUACUUUAGUAUCAUAAAACGGCAAUACAGUUUACUGUAACACAAUGUCAUUUUAUUGUAAAAUACGAAUUUCUUGGCAAACGAAAGCUAUCUAAAUUUAAAGUUAGGUGCCAUUAAAUAAUGUCACUAUGAAAUGAAAGUUAGUGCUUUCUAUGUUGUUAUCUUUGGCAAAUCACAAUGGCUAUCUUUGUUGAUAGACCGUCGUAAUUAGGUUUUUGUGUGCUUCUAAAGCUAUGUGUAUACUGUAUAAAUGUUAUACUGUCUACCCUAACGUCUAUACACUAACAUAACUAUCACUUACAUUGUUGUAAAUCUAUAAAAGUAUAUUUUACAGUUUUUUUAAAUUAAAAAAUCUUUUAAAGGUUAAAUUGACGCAUUGUAAAAUAUUACUUUUGGUUUUGAUGUUGUGCACGAGUCUUUGAGCACGUUGAGCAUUGAUUUUUGAUUGUUUAGGACAUGUGGCUGGCACGUCGUUAUGGUCUGAGCGGCGGCCGUCGCUGUAAUAGCUGUAUUAGUGGUCGAACAACGCCCGAAAGUCGUCGAUUAUCUCAGGUUAGGUUCAUUUCAACCCGAUGGCUUGGGUUUUUAGCUUUUGGGUUUACAAAUAAGUUGGUUUGAUCAGGUUUUUUUACGGUUUUUACAUUGUGCUUUUGAUGUUACAGUACCCCUUUUACUUGGGAAUUAUAAAAUGGAAAACAUUUUGUUUGAAAAAGCGAAAAUUUUAGUUUUCAUGGUUAAUUUUGUACUGUAACAUAAAUUGUAAUAUCUAUAAUGUUGUUUUUUUGUCUUUUUAAUUUUGAUUUUUUGUUAUUUUAUUUUUAUUACUAAUUUUUUCUAUUUUAACUAUGUCUGAAGUGAGUUUCUUUCCUUACGCCUUACUUUAUUUCCGUGCUUUUUCCAGUUUUGCUUCAAAACGGUUUAUUUGUCGCUUCAAAGUUUAAAACGUCGCUAUUUGUCGUAUUUUAGGCCGAGAUCGAACUGAUUCACGAACCCAACAGGAACCCUGUUCUAUUGCCAUUUGCUGAACAAAAGUUCCGACCCAAAAAGAAGUGUCGCUUGAGGGUGGAGAACAGCGCUCUCAGCGAAGAAUUCCCCUUGGACAUUGCUGGUCAUGCUGGCAGAGUAAAGUGCAAGUCCAGUGAUGGCAGAGAGUACGAAGUCACAGUGGAAGUGAACGUCACUUACUCUGGUCUGACAAAGAUUGUCACCUUCACCGCCUUCUACCUACUCUACAACAACACCAAAUUCCCGGUAGAAUUGAGAGAACAGGACUCGACUAAAUGGCUGACAGUCGACCCCAACACUUGUGUUUGUUUGUGGCCAACUCAGAACACACCUAAGAAGUUGUUGGCACUGAGAUACAAGGGCGAUGAAGAAGAAACAGCCAUGUUUCCGUUCACGGAACAGUUUGAGGAGUUUUGCCCGACUAAUGGAAGUGUAGGUUUUUGAAAUCGUUUUAUAGAGAAUGGAUUGGGGUUUUUAAAAUUAAUAGUUAAAAGCGUUUAUCGUGCUGAAUAGUUAUGUUUUUACCGAAAAAUAUUUAAAAAAUAUAAAAGUUAUUUUAACUCUCUAAAACAAUAUGUUUUAGCACGUCGGGUUCUACGUUACCUGUUCAGUAGGUGAAAGUUCGUCCGUUGCUACUGUAGAAUCCUUCCAACAAGGAAUGGCAUCAGCCUUGUUAAUCAACGACACUGACAAAGAGAUCACGCUCUGUCAGAAGGGAGUAGACGCCUCGAAGGGAAUCAAAUUAAGCCCACAAGAACAACGUAUCUUUACCUACUCUGACCUGUGUAUCGCUGAUAAGAAGAUCGAGUGGAAGUCUGGAGAUCACUCUUCUGAGUUGUCGCUGGUACGAACUGAUCUGGCUUCUUACGAACCAGCAAAGGGAAGAAGAGUGUUCUACUACUGGGCUUGUUUCUUGAAUGGGCGACAACGUACGAUACUGUUCACUCAAGACUUGAGUGUCGCUACAACGGCCAAGGAAGCAUAUGAAGUGGAGAGAAUUGACAUGCAGGUUGAUUUUAGGUAUGAGUUUUUGAUUACUUUAAUAAGUAAUUGCUUCAAGGCACCGUGUAUUGUAAGCAGGCUUGGACGUAGGGCGUUGCCCCCUGUGCCCGACCCGGCCCGGCCCUGGGGCCGGGCCAGGGCCCAUUUUUACGAUCAAUUACAGAGCCGGGCCGGGCCCAUGAUUCUAACCAGGCAGGGCUUGCUUCGUGCCCGGUAAUGCCCUGUAAAUGCCCGGUAAUAAUUUUUUCAUAUAUUAAAAAAAUUAAUUUAAAAUUGUUGAGUGUCUAACAAGUAAUGUUACUUACCCCACUUCACUCCUGAACAUUUUAGCUCUUUCCGACCUCAUCCCUGAUCCUUUUAUCUCUACCCGACUUCAGCCCCUAUUUUAACCCUACCCACCCUCACCCCUGACCCUUUUAACCCUACCCGACCCUACCUUUGACCUUUGUAGCCCUGCCCGUUCCUACGCUACCAUAUUGUACCUAAUAUGCCACACCCCGCCAUACCCUAUCCUAUCUACCAUACCAAACCCCACAAUAUCCUAACAUAUUAUAACAUGCCAUACCCUACCAUACAAUACCAUAUCCUACCAUACCAUAACAUACUACAUAUACCAUACUGUAUCAUAUCAUACCUUAUCCAAUCUUAUACAACACUACUGUGUACUACCCAUAGGUAGAGUAGAGUAGGUAAAUAAAGCAAGAUAAAUGGUAUAAUAUAGUCAGGUAGAGUAUGGCAUGUUAUAUAUGUUAGGACAUUGAAGGAUUUGGUAUGGUAGAUAGGAUAGCAUAUAGUAUGGUAGGGUAUUGCAGGGUCUGGUAUGAUAGAUAGGAUAAGUUAUGAUAUGUAAAGUAUUGUAAGGUUUGGUAUGUUUUGUUUGGUAAGAUGAGUAUGAUAUAGUAAGUAGCAUAGGGCAUGGUACAGUACAGUAUGGAAUUUUAUGUAGGGUGGGUAUGGUAUAGUAGGGUAGGGUAAUAAAGUCAAAGGUAGGGUUUAGUAAAGCUAAACAGGUCAAUGGUAGACUUGGAUAAAGCUAAAGAGGUCAGAAGUAAGGUUGGGUAGGCCUAAAAAGGUCAGGGGUAAGGUCGGGAAGAGCUAAAAGGAUCACGGGUGAUGUCGGGUAGGGCUAAAAGGGUCAAGGGUGAGGUCGGGUAAGGCGAAAAAGGUCAGGGGUGAGGCCGGAUAGAUUUAAAGCAGUUUAUUUCACUUGUUAUUAGCUUUAUAAACUUAAUUUACAAAUGCCCUGUAAAACCCUGUAAAGCCCUGUAAAUGCCCUGCCCGACCCGGCCCCAGGGCCGGGCCGGGCAGGGCCUGAAAACUAAAACCCUGUACCGGGCAGGGCCCAAGCGGGCUCGGCCCCAGGGCCGCAAAUUGGGCCCUGCCCUGCCCUACGUCCAAGCCUGAUUGUAAGUCAAUUGGGUAUAACUCUUUCAUUGUUUUGAAAAUACUGUAAAAUGUUGUCUAUAGCUUGCACGGUAUUGGUAUAUCGCUGGUGAACAACCUUCACGGCCUUGAAGUCCUCUACAUGUCAAUGUCGUCAAGUGGUCUCAUCUGGGAACACAAACCCAAAAACAGAUUCAAACCACUGACAGUGAAGGUAAUGACAGAUUUGGAACAAAAGUAUCAGGAAUGGAUUCUGAGAGGAAAACCAGACGAGAAAUAUCAUGUUGAUGGUACCGACAUUGACUUUGCGCAUAUGAUCAUGAAGAAGAAGGGCAAGUCUGAAGUGUCCGUGAGGAGAUCUUUCCAAACCGGAUUCUGGCUACAGUAUAGGCAAUCGCUACAUCAAACUCAAAUGCAUCUGAAGAUUAAUCAUUUACAAAUUGACAAUUUGGUGGGUUUUUUGAUUUUAUUAGUUGAAAAAUGUUAAUUUUUUGCUUUGGACGUUUUUAAAUUUAUUUUUGUGUAAUAUUUUUUACAGUCACAUAAUUUUAGAUACCUUCUUGUGUAUUUCCAGUUGUUUUGGCUGUAGUACCGCCACCCAGGUCAAUUGUGGCUGACAAUGGUAUGUUAAUUUAGAUUUUUAUUGAUUCUUUAGAUAGUUUAUCAUUAGAUUUUACAUUUUUUUCUUGACAAUUACUUCUUUUUUAUAGUAGUAAUAUGCGUUGUUACCUAAAGAACAAUUUUUACAAAAAAAAUAAUUUGAAAUUACAUUUUUUUAGAGCCAAAACCUUUCACCGAAGUCUCAUUUAUUAUGUCACAAUCUGAGCACUCUAAAGUUGUCCAAAUCAAAUAUCUGCACGUACUGGUUCAAGAGUUUGCUGUACGAGUUGACAAAGGACUACUAGUAGCAUUGAUGGAGUUGAGUAAUAGUGAGGAGAACAAAGCCAAGUACACGCCAGAGAUCUUCGCUAAAGAUAUGGAACUGGCCAAGCCCAAACUUCAAGAAAAGGUCGCGACAACAGCAGCUUUAACUCAAAAGGCUUACUACGAUGAUCUACACAUCUCACCAUUGAUGGUAUGUCAUUACUUUUGUCUUGCAGUAUUACUUACGUAACCGGUUGAUAUUGAUAAUGUAAAGAUUGAUAUAGAUAUAAAUUGAUGUUGUUUCAGAUUCACUUGAGUUUCUCGCAAGGUGGGGCUAGUGGUCAUCCGAAGCGAUUAACUAAAGAUGGAAAGAAGGUGGAUACUCCAACUGUCAGUGCCAUUCCUUUCGAAUUCGUCGAGCUUUUGCUCAAAUCUGUUGGUGUAACUUUGACUGAACUACAAGAUGUUGUCUUCCGGUUAGUAUUUUAUGAUUUAUUUUUCUGUUUGAGGGCGCAGCUUGAAGCGAAAGUUUACCAGGCUGCACAGAUUGUUUAGACAGAUAUUUUUUUAGAUAUGUUUGUAUUAAAAUGUAAAACUUGUAGUUCUUUUUCAGGAAUAUCCUUAUAAAGAUAUUUAAAAUUUCUAUUACUAGAGUAAUUUACAUGUCAUUUCAGAUUGGCUUACUUUGAUCGUCGUUACACAUUCUACAGUUCGACUCAGCUCCAGACUGAAGUUCAAAGUCACUACACGAAACAGUUUAUUAAACAACUGUAUGUUCUUGUACUGGGACUUGACAUCAUCGGAAAUCCAUUCGGAUUGGUCAGAGAUUUGUCAUCUGGAGUUGAAGACUUGUUCUAUCAACCCUUCCAGGCAAGUAUAAUAUUGAAAAAGUCGGAAUGAAGAAAUUUGAACGCUGGUUUUUAGUUUUUUUUCUAUUUUUAAAUUUAAAUCGUAGUAUCUUCAUUUUAUUAUAAACCCUUUAUAUUAUUAAAAUUGUUUAAUAUAGUACUUUAAUAUUAUAUUUUUGAUUUCAGGGAGCUAUUCAAGGACCGGAAGAGUUUGCCGAAGGCCUAGCACUAGGAGUAUCUUCUCUUUUUGGUCAUGCUGUUGGUGGAGCUGCUGGUGCCGUCUCCAGAAUCACAGGAACUCUCGGCAAAGGUGUAGCUGCUCUAACUCUGGAUGAAGAUUAUCAGAGAAAGCGACAAGAAGCUCUGAACAGAAAGCCACAGAACUUUGGCGAAGGAAUCACGAGAGCUGGAGAGAACCUGACACAAGGAGUUGUGGAUGGUGUUACUGGUAUAUUUACGAAGCCAAUGGAAGGAGCUAGACAGGGUGGAGUUGUUGGAUUCACGAAGGGAAUUGGAAAGGGUCUGAUCGGUGCUGUGACUAGGCCAGCUAGUGGACUGGUUGAUUUUGCUAGUGGAUCUUUGAAUGCGGUCAAAACGUAAGCUUUCUGAUAUUUAUUGUUGUAUUGUUAUAGGUCUUUGUAGUCUGUGUUAGACAGUUUUGUAGUUCUUGGCCUAUUUGUGUUUUUAUAGGAAGUUAUUGUAGCCUAGUACAAUAUAGCAAGCUUUUUUUAAAUUAUUUUACUUACAAUAACAAAUUCUAAGGUGUUGUGCUUGAAAUUAGAUGUUGUAAAUGUGGCCUUGUCGUAUAUCCUGGUGUUCUAAAUACCUGUGUAUACUUCAGAUUCAGCUUCAAUUUCCACCUCUACUGUAUUUAUGUCCUGUUGUCUGUCGCUGAUCUGUUGGUCCCUUCCUUCACCAUCAAAGCUAAAUUAAAGCAAAUCGAGAAAGAGUAUCGUACUUUUAUAAAUUGACUUUAACUUUCAGACCACGCUAGGAUUAUAUAUAUUUUAGGACUUUUUUGAUAAAACGCUAUAUGUGGCAUUCAAGUUAUGAUCGCGGAGUGUAAAUUACUGGUUUCAGGGUUGCUUCUAACGCCGAAGAUGCGCAACAUGUGCGACCAGCCAGAGUUAUUCCACCUGACCUUAUUGUAAGACCUUACAACUACAACGACUCGUGUGGAGCCAAGAUAUUUAACGAAACUGACAGAGGACGGUACGCUGACACCGAGAAUUUUAUCGCUCAUGCCUUUAUCAACGAGAAGAGCGUGUUUGUGGUUACCGACAAGUAAGUGGUGUAGUUUUGAUCAAGCUUGGAAUAGCUUUUUAGAAAAACUUUGUUUUUAGGUUAUUUUUGUUUGGGUAUUAAUUUAACUAUGUUAGAAUUUACAUCAAGUUCAUCUUAUAGUUGAUGUUAACUUUUGAUUUCAGACGUGUUUUCAUGUCAGUAAGACAAAGUCUGGGCGGUGCUUGGACCACAGGAUGGAGCUACACCUUCGAAGAGCUGAAACGACCAUUCAUUGGCGAAGAUGGCAUCAAAUUAGAAUUAAAACAAACCAAAAAGGGCUUCCUUGGCAUUGGCAACACCUCAGGCAAAGGAAUCAAAAUGGCGGACAAAAAGACCCUGGAUCAGAUCAGCCAGAAACUGCUACAAGCAUACGAUCAAAUCUAA